AUGGCCUCCACCAAGACCUUCCUCGAUGCCGUCAAGGACCGCCGCAGCGUCUACCAGCUCAACAAGAACGCGCCCAAGUCCGACAAGGAGAUCGUCGACAUCGUCAACCAGCUCGUCCUGCACGUUCCUUCCUCGUUCAACUCACAGUCGACGCGCGUCGUCGUCCUCCUCAACCAGGAGCAUGAGAAAUUCUGGACGUUUACCCACGAAAUACUGAAACCUCAGGUUCCUGAGGACCAGUUCAAGUCCGGCACUGAGCCCAAGCUCAAUGGCUUCAAGGCUGCAUAUGGAACCAUCCUUUUCUUCGAGGACCCCGAGCCCGUCGAGAACCUGCGCAAGGCGUUCCCCAUUUACGCGCACCACUUCGGCGACUGGUCGGAGCACACGAGCGCCAUGCACCAGUACGCAGCCUGGGUCGCUCUCGAAGCGGAAGGCUUCGGUGCCAACCUCCAGCACUACAACCCCAUUGUCGAUCAGAAGAUCCAGAACGAGUGGAGCGUUCCUCAGGACUGGAAGCUGAGGGCUCAGCUUGUCUUCGGUGGACGUGCGGGCGAGCCUGGAGAGAAGCAGUUCAAGCCCCUCGAGGAGCGCGUCUUCGUUCACGGCGCGAAGAACUAG